AGUGACAAAACCCUAAACACAUCGCUGACACCAGGCCGUGGAUCCGGGAAUUCCGGCAGUGCCGAGCCCGUUCCCGUGUGAGCCCGGUGCGGCCGAUGCGCUCCUCCCGUCCUCCCGGAGCGCUCAUCCCGCCGCCUUUGCCCAGCCCGUGCCGUUCCUUAGGAAGCGCCGAAAAUUCCUUCGGUGCUGCGGCCCUUGGUGAAGCCUCUAGAUCAAAAUUCCUGUGCCCUCCCCGAGCUCUGAGCGCCACGUUCCCUUGUAACCCCGAUCCUCCUGGUGCCAGGCUCCCGCAUCUGCUGCCUCCCGCCUGGGGCCGGGGUGAGCCGCAGGAUGCUCUGCCCGUCCCUCCGUGCUGCCUGACAACUGAAACCUCCCCCCGGGGCCGAUUGGGUUACGGUGCCUGGCUGGAAUUUGCCAGAGAAACUCGUCCGCGUCACCGAUCCAAAGGCUCCCAAACUGCUGGGAUGGUUUUCCCAGCCCUGGGUCCCGCUGUGCCGCUGGCUGGAGCUCGGACAGCACAGUCGCAGCCAUGCCGGCAACCAACCAGGGCUGGCCCGAGUCCUUCGGGUUCCGGAUAAGCGGCUCGGGGCCGUGUUACAUCCUGUGGGUGCAGGAGGGCAGCAGCGCGGCGCUGGCGGGGCUGCGCCCCGGGGACCAAGUGCUGGAGAUCGAGGGCCAGCCCGUGUCCUCCCUGGGCUGCGAGGCGCUGCUGGGGCUGGCCCGGAGCUGCUGCAAUGUCCCCCCCAGCAUCGGCGUGGUGUCCCGGCUGCAGCACGCCAGCAUCCCGCCCGGGCCCCGGGGCUGCUUCGGCUUCGAGCUGGCGAGCGAGAGCCCCCCGCGAGUGGCCAGCGUGAGCCCCGAGUCCCCCGCCGCGGCCUGCGGGCUGGAGCCGGGGGAUUUCGUGCUGGAGGUGGACGGGACGGCGGUGGAGCUGGCGGAGGAGGCGGCAGCGCUGGUGGGGUCGUGCCGCGGGCGGUGCCUGCGCCUGGCGCUGCUGCGGCCGCAGCGAGGGGACCCCGCCGGGCACCCCGGAGCCAACCCCGGCACCGCCCGGAGGGACAGGAGGCACAAGGCGCAGGAAUUCAGCAGGAAGGUGGACGCCAUCCUCGGGGACCAGCCGCAGCUGAAGGAGAAGGUGUUCACCGUGCUGAAGCAGUACGCGGCCGAGAGGAGGGUGGAGUGCCUGGCCCACGCCCUGUGCAUGGUGCUCACCCAGGAGUCCCACCAGCACCUCAUCGACAGCAUCAGGAUUUUCAUCCCCAAGAAGCACCGGCAGCGCUUUGACGAGGUGGUGUCGCAGAGCCUGAUCAGCAAGCUGUGCCGCUCCAAGAGCGAGCACAGCAAUCGCCUGCGCCGCAGCCGCAGCGAGGACCACCAGGAGCGGCUGCUCGUGUCCACCCGGGCCAGCUCCGUGCCCCGCAGCCACGAGGAGCUCAGCAAGAGCCUCCGCAAAACCACCUCGCUCGUCAGCAGCAAUGUGGCCUCGGGGGCUGCCCGCAGAACAGUGCGAGUUUAUAAAGGCAACAGGAGCUUUGGCUUCACACUCCGUGGCCAUGCCCCAGUGUGGAUCGAGUCUGUCCUGCCAGGGAGCCCGGCGGAGAAGGCUGCUCUCAAGGCUGGAGACAGGAUCCUGUUCCUCAACGGCCUGGACAUGAGGAACUGCUCCCAUGACAAGGUGGUGUCGAUGCUGCAGGGCAGCGGGGCCAUGCCCACCUUGGUGGUGGAGGAGGGCAUCGUCAGCUUCUCCAACGACUCUGACUCUGCCGAGUGCCCGAGCAGCUCCUCGGCCCUCACCUCCCUGCAGUGGGUUGCAGAGAUUCUCCCCUCUAGCAUCAAGAUCCAAGGAAGGACGUUCACGCAGCAGCUGGAGCACCUGCUGACCCCGCCCGAGCGUUUCACCAUCUGCAAGGCGCUGGAGGGCUUCUUCCAACAUCGGAACAUUGACACUCUCAUUGUGGAUGUGUUCCCGGUGCUGGACACACCGGCCAAGCAAGUCCUCUGGCAGUUUAUCUACCAGCUGCUGACCUACGAGGAGCAGGAGCACUGCCAGCAAAAGAUUGACAGGUUUCUGGGGUACAAGGCCUUGGCAGCUGAGGCAGAGGCUGAGGAUCGGUACCGCAGCUCCGUCCGAGGGGCCUCCCUGUGCCGGGGCAGCCUCCGGACCCCCCGCCCUGAGGAGGGGGCAGCAGGCAGUGACACCGUGGAGGUCCCCGUUCGCCUGAUCCCUGGGGAGAGACAGGCUGGUGAUGGCACGUCCCUCCCGGAGACACCCAACCCCAAAAUGAUGUCGGCUGUGUACGCAGAGCUGGAGAACCGCCUGAUCGGGGGCUUUGCUGGCAAGAUGGGCAACGCUGCCCUGCACAGGAGCUCCCCCCCCGCCCCGGAGCUGCCGCACGCUGCAGUGCAGCCGCUGCCUGGGAAGCUCCCUUGUCCCUCUGCUCCUUGUCGCGGUGCCCGGGGCUGCAGGACGCCCCUGCAGCAGCCUCGGCUCUGUCCCGCAGGUGGCCGCAAGCCGGGGCUGGCGUGGCCGAGCGAGCCACUGGCGACCCAGCCCUGUUACUACCGGCUGCACAGCAGCGUGGCCUCCCCGUGCAGCACCGAGUCCAACCCGUACGUGAGCCUGGACAGCAGCCCGGCCCCGUCGCCCAAGCACGGCGAGUACUCGCCACUGUCGCGGAGGAAGAAGCUCUUCACGUUCUCCAGGCCCCCCCGCAGCCGCGACACCGACCGGUUCCUGGACGCCCUCAGCGAGCAGCUGGGACACCGGGUCACCAUCGUGGAUGAUUUCCUCACCCCUGAGAACGACUACGAGGAGAUGAGUUUCCAGGAUGACCAGGGCAGUUACGUGACCAACGAUGUCAGCAGCAGCGAGUACAUCAGCAGCAGCGACGAGGGCAGCUCGCUGACCUACUCCACGCUCUCGGACCACAUCCCCCCUCCUCCGCUCAGCCCCCCGCCCCCGCCGCCCCCCCUGCAGUUCCACGACCCCCAGACCGGCCCCAGCAAGGCGGAGGCCACCAAGGCCAGCUCGGGACCGGUCCCCAAAGCCCUGGUGAGCCACCUGCACCCCAUCCCUCCUCCUCCUCCUCCGCCGCCGCCGCCCCCCGUGCCCUGCGCGCCCCCCCUGCACCGGGGGCUGCUGCACCGCAGGAGCGACUCCAACCACAUGAGCGUCAAGAGACUGCGCUGGGAGCAGGUGGAGAACUCGGAGGGGACCAUCUGGGGACAGCUCGGGGAAGACUCGGAUUACGACAAGCUGAGUGAUAUGGUCAAAUACCUCGACCUGGAGCUGCACUUCGGGACUCAGAAACCCACGAUUUCUCUUCCAGAGCCAACUCUCAUGCCUGAAAACUUUAAAAAGAAAGACGUGGUUGAAAUUUUGUCCCACAAAAAGGCCUACAACACAUUCCUGCCCCAGAUGCUGGCUGUACCCGAGUACAAGAUCCGCCUGCGCAGCCUGCACUUCAAAACCACCCUGCAGGAGAAGACCGAGGAGAUCAAGGCCAGCUACGAGUGCAUUUGCAAGGCCUCCCUAGAGCUGAAAAGCAGCAAGAAGCUGGCGAAGAUCCUGGAGUUCGUGCUGGCCAUGGGAAAUUACCUGAACAACGGGCAGCCCAAGACCAGCAAAACCACGGGAUUUAAAAUCAACUUCCUCACCGAGCUGAACACCACCAAGACUGUGGAUGGGAAAUCCACCUUCCUGCACAUUCUUGCCAAAUCCCUCAGCCAACACUUCCCAGAGCUCCUGGGCUUUGCCAAGGAUCUUCCGACAGUGCCGCUCGCCGCCAAAGUGAACCAGAGGACGCUGACAGCCGAGCUGAAGGAGCUGCACAGCACGGUGGGUGACAUCCAGAAGGCGUGUCACAGCAUGCCGCCCACCGCCGAGGACAGGUUUGCCAUUGUCAUGAGCUCCUUCCUGGAGAGCGCCCAGCCCGCCAUGCGCUCCCUGGACGAGCUGCAGCACAAGGCCAUGGAGGAGUUCAGCAAGGUGCUCUCCUUCUUCGGGGAAGACUCAAAAAUGACAACCUCCGAAGCCUUCUUCGGCAUUUUUGCAGAGUUCAUGAGCAAGUUUGAGCGGGCUCUCAGUGACGUGCAGGGGGGCGAGAGCCAGCGCAGCCCCAGGAUGACCUCUCCCCUGGCCUGGUGACGGCCCGUGGCCACCUGAGGUGCAGCAAUUCAUUGCCAACAAAGUGCAAUUUGCUCCUGUCCAGUCUGGUUGUAAAUACGCUGCUGCCACCUGCUACCACCCAGCAGAGUCACAGACAGAGGGGUCGGGGCAGGUGGACACUGAGAAGGCACCGCAGGUGACAGAGGGUGACGUGAGGGUGACACGAAGAUGAACCCUGCACUGCUCCUGGCAGAGCUUCCUUAGCACCCUCCAUCUCCAGGGGAUCACUGAGCCAAGGGCUUCGCUUCCAUCUGGUAAAACCCCUCUGUCCCGUGUUUCCCAAACACCUGGAGCUGGCAGCAGCAGCUGCUGGAGACCUGCACACCCACCACAGCCCUGUGUCCCACCCCUGGCUGUCUCUCAGCUGUCUGGAUGUCCCCAGGAGGGAGGGACAGCAUCCCCCGGCC